AUACCACUUGAGCUUGAGGGCUUGAGGACCAUUGAGGACAAUUACAAUUACAUCGAAAGUGCCGAGUGACACUUUGAAUGACAGCUGAUACUGUCGCAACUGUCAGACUGUGAUAUUUAUUUUUUAGCAGAGCACAGAAAUAUUAGUAAAAAUGUUAUCGGCAAUUGUGAAAGAACAUCAGAGCAAGCAAGCGAUGAGAAAAGAAAAACAAGAACAAAAACGAAAAGAAGCUGUUCAGGCUGCAAGCAAUUUGACACAAGCUCUUGUUGAUCACUUGAAUGUUGGAGUGGCUCAAGCAUACUUAAAUCAAAAGAAAUUAGAUGCGGAAGCAAAGCAACUGCAACACAGUGCAACAAAUUUUGCCAAACAAACACAAUUGUGGUUAAAUUUAGUAGAAUCUUUUUCAAGCUCUUUAAAAGAGAUUGGGGAUGCAGAAAAUUGGGCUCGUAGUAUAGAAGGUGAUAUGAGAACAAUAGCCACUGCCUUGGAAUAUUCAUACAAAGCCACACAAGAGAAUCAAAGUGUUGGUAAUGUUUGAAGACAUUAGGGCGAAAUGUUUUUUUAUCAUACAAUUUUUUAAUAAUUUCAUGAUAUAUGAAAAAGUUAAAAUAUUCAAAUUCUUGUUAUUUAAGACAUUAGGAAGAAGAAACAAUGUUGUACAUAAAUAACUAUUCUUAGAG